AUGUCCGAGUCUUUCACCCUCCCCCUACGUCCCCUCAUCGAGAAGCGCGAGCGGCCGGACACCCUUCCUCUGGAGAUCGCGCAGAUCAACGCCCAGUGGGGUUCCUUCCGCGAUGUCACCGAAGAGAGCCUGCGGGCCAAAAUCGAAGAGGAGAAGAACAAGGACCCGUGGGCGGAAGACGAGGAAGCUGAAAAGCCCACCGUCGAGAUUGACUCCACGGAACGGGUCGACCAAUUAUACAAGCGCCGCGCCGAGAUCACCCAAUUCGCCAUGCAGGCGCACAUGGAAGCCUUGUUCGCUCUCGACUUUGUCUCCUUGCUUCUGUCCAAGCACACCCCCCGACAAGCUGAGUUGUCCAUGUCGGCCUACCUGAAACAGGUUGCGCCGCUCGGCUCGCUGAACGCCGAGAUCGUCAAUCCCCCGCCCAAGUCGGAAGCCGCGCUACAGGACAUCAAGACGGUCUCGCGGGGCUGGCGGCUACAAAACUUCAAUGCCGCCGCGAAUAAACUCCUCAAGUCCGCGACCCGGCUCGAGGCCGAGGUCGCGUCGGAGACUAAAUACUGGAAUGAGGUUCUGGCGGUCAAGGACAAGGGUUGGAAGGUUUGCCGGUUGCCGCGGGACAGGCAGGCGUUGGGUGUACAGUACGGAUUUCUUGAAGCCACUCCGAUAUUCCGUGAUCGCGGCCUGGCGGCAUUGCGACGCGCCGAAGAUGGGAGCCUGCUGCUAGACAAAGGCUUGAUCCCCCAGAGAGCCAGAACCGUUCGAGUGCGGGUCAGAACACAGAAGCAAUACACCGGGUGUUCGAAGGUGUCUUGGUCGCUGCCCAGCGAGGACUCGAUUGAGCGUCGAAUUCUCCAGGCGCGUGACACGGUCUACGAGGAAGAGUUGUUCCAUGAGAUGGUACGGGAAGCCCGGAUCUUAGGGAGCCAAGGCGUGACGACGCGUCAGAACCUCGUCCAGGUCCCCGUCUCAGAGGACCAGGAGAUUCUCCUGGAUCUGGUGGACGUCGACCAGGGCGAACCAGCAGAGACCGAAACGCACACCAACGAACACGACACCCUUGCAGAUGCGGUCGCGCACUCGAUCCGGAUAUUGCUCGCCUAUGCCCACAGGCAGAAUCUCCGGCGCAGGACACAGCCGCCGCCGCCCCUGUCCCAAAAACGUCGAACCAUUCCGGAAUACCAGCUGUUGCGGCCGGUAAUGGCCUACCUCCAGCACACCGCGCAUGUCCGGUCUCUGGAGACUUUUCUAAAUGAGAUGGCCGAGGUCUUGAAGUCUGCCGGGCUUCGUUGCGAAAUCACCGCUGCGCCCUUCGCAUCCGUCAGACUUCCCCAGGCACCGUCUUCAGCACCCAAGGUGGAAGCCCUUGUCAGACCAUUCCUGAUGCCAUUCGAAUCUACUUUCACCGGCAACCUGAUCACACCCGAAAGUUCAUUCUGUGUCAAGGUCCGCACCAGCACCGUCGCACCGCCGGCCGGCACCUUCUACGAUCUCACCGUCAACCUACCGCAUUACCCUGAGGUGAAGCCUCCUAGCCGCAUUGGCCUGCAAAACGAGGCAGCUGCAGCCCUCACUCACCUCAUCCUACUCGACAUUGUCUCUUCUAUCGCACGCACAGGGGCAAAACCACCCAUGGACGAAGCAGGCAAGGGAUUGAGCUGGGAAGUAGCGUACGCGCACCACGGGGAGCUCCGGGCUCUGUCACGCUCCGGGAACAACAAAAAGAUGAAAGUCAGUCUUUCGCGGGAAGAGCUGAGGGUGGAAACCUGGCCGUUGCACGGGGUGGGUGUCCCGCGUCGAGAAGAGGACCAGUCCGCUCAGUUGCGCUCGCAGAGCUGGCGCUCCGGUUCGAGUGAACCCUCGCGGCCAAGCUUGAUGGAAUUUGUGCACGAGGUCUCGCACGAUCGGCCGUGA